CAUCAGCAUUAUCAAACAAAUUAUCUUAUCCAUUCAGCUUGUAACUCUUUGAUUCUUUACAGAUUCGUUUGUCAUUCUCUACACUGAGGCCUAUAUUUCGAGCACGGACUGUAUCUGAUGCCCCACCCUUCGAUCCAAGCAAUGUUGUAUCAUUUCAGCUCAUGUUCAGCAAGUUUGAAUAUGAUGGGAAACUGAAUCCCACUUUUGUAGAAGGUCCUUUUGAGCUUCAACUCUCAAGCAUAAAAGCAUACAUGAAGGAUCCUAUCACUCCCAGGUUCGUAUACGUGAGCUCUGCAGGAGUUACUAGACCCGACAGGCCUGGCAUUGACCUGAGGAAACAACCUCCUGCUGUGCGCUUGAAUAAGGAAUUGGAUUUUGUCCUAACAUUCAAGUUGAAGGGGGAGGAUUUAUUACGUGAGAGUGGAAUUCCUUACGCAAUUGUAAGGCCUUGUGCAUUAACCGAAGAGCCUGCCGGAGCAGAUCUCAUUUUUGAUCAAGGAGACAAUAUAACGGGAAAGAUGUCGAGAGAAGAAAUUGCUCUCAUAUGUAUUGCUGCCUUGGAAACCCCAUAUGCACGUGACAAGACAUUUGAGGUCAAAAGUGUGGUUCCAUUUAGUGAGCCCACCCCCAGAGAAGGACUACAGACAGCAUUUAUUUCCAAACGUUGA